GUAGGUGCUGGUAAUGUCUUACACUGGAGUUAAGCGCAGUUCAGUUCAGUUCAGUCAAACUCACGAUGGUAUACUCUAGCAAAUGCCACGAUCCAAAAACCUAUUGGAAGGGGACUAUUUCAAAAUGUGAGCGGUGUCCAGGUCCAGGUCCAGGCUUUGAGAUCACGCCAAACUGUGGCAAAGAUGAUAGCGGGGGGAUCCACGAAGCCUCCAAGAGAGCGUGUGAGGCCGGUAGAACCUUUAAUGAUGGGAGCGAUGUGUAUUGUCGGCCGUGUACUUCAUGCCAUCCCGGGUACAUCACCACAAACCCGUGCAGUACAACUACUGACACCCAGUGCCAAGAGCCACGAAGGACGACCGAGGUGUUAACCACAGUGCCAACAACAACAACAACAACAACAACAACAACAGCAACAUCACAGCAUGUUUCUACUUCUUCCAGAAUGACACCAGAGAGAUCGAUAAACACAGAAGUGUCUGGUCCUGCUGUACUGUGGGCAGUACCAUUAGCGAUCCUAAUCAUCAUCAUACUCGUUAUGAUAGCUGCAUGUGUGCUCUACAUGAAGAGGAAACGAGUGUUUCACACAGGUCACCAAGCAGUGUUGGGCUACAGCAGAAGAUCUUCAUACAUUAAUCCAGGGUUCUAUUCUCUCUCUACUGGUAACGACCUGGAGGACAUCCUGAGUCCCAGCGUCCUGUCAGCACCUUUACAGACAGUGCUGGACAACCUGGAUGUUUUGGAAGAGCUGGUGAUUUUGUUGGAUCCAGAAAGCCAAGGAGUCAAGAACACCAAACAUCUGGCGUCUCAUUUCUCCUUCCCCGCCACCUGGAUUACUUACACCUACUCUAUGAAGGAAAGUAAGAGCCCCCUGACAGCCGUGUUGGAGGGCGUCACCAGCAGGAAACCUGACUCGACGGUGGGGCACCUGGCUAAGGUGCUACGACAGAUGGAGCGCAACGAUGCCAUUGCUGUUCUCGCCAAGCUCAAACUGAAAAUGAUACAGCAGGUGUAACAUUUCUUCAGAAAUCCGGAGAGAUGGUGUGAAAAGAAUCUUCUUGAUCUGAUCAGUGUUAACAUGAAGGAAAAAUACAGGAGUGGUGCGAUACCCACUCUGUUUACAUGAUUUGCACACAUAAUGUAGAAGAAUUAAUAGCCAAAUGAAGUAUUAUUCAGCAAAUGUUGAUUUUGAUUAAACAAAAGCCUCUUGUAACAUUUACACGACACAGUAUUAGGGCCACGCGAAAGAGGUAAUACUACGAGAAUAAAGUCAUAAUUUAAUGACAAUAAGGUCAUUUGAUGCAAGGAAAAGCCGUAAUAUUACAAGCAUGAGUAAACAGAUAAGAGCAGUCUGUCUUUUAUGUGUCUAAUGAGUGAUGUUGAAGGUACAGUGUGUAUGAUUUUGGGGCAUCUGAUGGCAUAAAUUGAAUAUAAAAUUCAUAUGUUUUCAUUAGUUUAUAAUCACCUGAAAAUAAUUGUUGUGUUUUCGUUACCUUAGAAUGAGCUGUUUAUAUCUACAUAAGGAGCAGUUCCUCCUUUAUGGUGUCCACCAUGAUGUUCUACAGUAGCCCAGGAUGGACAAACCAAACGCUGGCUCUAGAUAGGGUUUUUGCAUUUUAGUGUCAGCUAAAAGUUUCAGCUGGCUGCAAUGUUGCAAAUUCACCACUAGAUGCCACUCAACCCUAUACAGUAGACCUUUAAUGACCUGUUAAUGACUGUUUCACCAGUAAGCACCCGAUUAUCAGAGCCAAUAGAAACGUGCCGCACGAUGUAUGAGAUGAUAACCAGCUGUGCUUUUGAAGAUGGAGUUCAUCAGGGAAGGUUUUGUCCAGAGUGAAAAAAGCAUGAGUGGUGAUGUAAGCUCACUGGGCUUUAAAACACAGACUCCAUCUGCGCUGUAGUCAGCUGUGCAUUACAUAAGUGCUCCACGCUCAGAUGGCCGACUCCCCUUGAGACUGUCUGAGACACGUAAGCUUUUUGGGACUAGCUCUGGAUAAGACGUUUGGGAAAGCCCCUUUCUGCAGGCUUUCAUCUGAGAUGGAAAACCGAAACCGCUUGAAAACACUUUUGAUCAGGGACAAACCUCACCAUUGUACGACCUAUUGCCUGCACAGAUGUUUACUACACUAACUCUGAUUAAGCCAGAGCACAGCUGCUUCCUCAAGAUUUUCAGUGGGCAGAUCAAAGUAGGAAGACUGUCCCAAACAGAUCAGAGAUGCCUAUAAAAGUGGAGGAAGUAGGGGAGGCAUCACACUGUAGUCUAAACACGAUUUUUAGUCAAAAUAACUGAAGACUCCGGAUGCCUGUGGACCGUCAGGAAGGCGUAAUCCAAUCAAUUUACAAGCAUAACAUGACCUGAAGCAACCUAUUAUGACUUAAUUCUCUUAUGUUGAGACUUACAGUGGCCCUAAUAUUGUGAUACAUUCCAGUCAAUGCUUAUUGCUUCACAUUAUUUUUUCUACUGUUUCACUACUUACAAUAAAAAAAAAGAACUUUGCUCAAACAUCUUAACAUCUUUAUUAAGCAAAUAACAUUAUAAAUAAAAAAGUGCAUAGAAAAAUUAAACAGGUUUAGAAAUAUGUAUACAAAUAUUUACAAACCCAGGGUUUAUUUGUACAUGGUAACAAAGACGUAAAUUUAAAGAUCACAUAUUUUCUCAUUUUUAUGUCUUUUACACUUACUUUAAAAUAACCCUACUAUAUAUACUAUAUAUAUAUUUUUUUAUAUAUGUGUGUAUAUAUAACAUACAGCUUUCUUAACAGAUUCUGGGAGAGAUGGUAAUGAUAACUUCAGGUUUUGACUAGUGCUUUCCAUCCUUCAUUGCAAACACACGCACGCACACACACAAUGACACAAACAGACGCAUCCACAAACACUCACACAGACACAUCCACAAACACUCACACAGACACAUCCACAAACACUCACACAGACACAUCCACAGACACACACUCACCAGCUCUGCAGGACAUUAAAACCAAGCUACUCUUUAAAUUAUCAACCUCUCUUUUUGCAUCAGUAUUCCCAAACAUCUGUGUAAACAGCUGAGGUAGAAUCCUUGCAAGGAGUUGGGAGUGACUCUGCUCUUGUUGUCAGCUAGGUGAUUGACACAAGUAAAUCUGGGCUCCAUCCCAGUGAUUGGACAUGCAAGAAGGAAAGGGAGUUAAGAUCGACACAAAAACAUGAAGGAAAUUUACUCUAAGAAGUUUGAAGAGAAAAGGUCGGGUGAAAGAAAAAGAUGAUCAUGCACUUGGGGAGGCAAACAGUGCUCAUUUUACUCCUGUGGCUGAUUCUAAGACCGUCAGUAAUCUACCGUAACAAAAAAUAAAAUAAAAAUGAUUCUUUAAAAAUACCUGCUUUAGAACAAUUUCUGUCACAAAGGCUUAAAUGCAUGACAACAACUGCCCCAAAAGAAAAUUCAAGUAAAUUAGUGAAACAAAGGACAUCAGUUGUAAACACAACAAAAGGAUACAAAUUGGGGAGAUCUCCUAAUACACUAGACCACCACCAUUUAUACAAAGCACAACCUUUUACUAUUAAAAAUAGAAAUCAAAACAUGAAUAAAUAUAACUACCAAUUUGAACAGUGUGUGAAUUAGAUUACCCUCAUCAAAGACGGCACUGAACAUCAACUAAGAACAACAUUAAACAUUAUUUUAAGGUGCUGAGUGCAUUCUCUCAGCUCCGUUUCAGACUCAAUGUUUUCUGCAACAUCUACAAAGUCUGUGCGCCGGUGUCUUGACAAGCCUGGUGCAGGAACUGAAUACACACACACACACACACACACACGCACGCAUGCAUGCAUGGUGGCAAUGCUCGAAACCAGCGUCCUCCCUGAUUAAGAGAUUAAAUGUAGCAGGUUUCACACAGAUGAAGAUAAUUUGUACGUUUGAUGGUUAUUUAUGUGCACCUGUAGGGCAGCAACGUCUUAUUGCAAUAAGUAAUGAGCAUUUGCCAUGAGAGUAAUAAAAUAUAUAUUUAAAAAAAAACUGAUAUUCACCACAACUCUUCACUUUUGGCUUGGGUAGUGUUUGCUACAUACACUGUACAUCAAGAGAAAAAACACGUCUCAAAGACACAUUUCUGUCUUUAUAAAUAUGACACUAUGUUACUGACUCAAACUGGUAACGUUGCUAUUUUUAAGUCAACACAGGAAGAAAAUAGGUGACAAAUACCACACCAAUGGUCUAAAAGUGUGAAACGUAGCAGACACUUUACAUUCCAAUGAAGAUAAGAGUACUGCUUGAGUGCAUAAAUUUAAGAUUAAUGGUCUCAGCAGGGUGAAUAAACAGCUAAACACAUUCCUGAUUUGCAGGACAUCUUUGUCCAACUAAAGACGUUAAAGACCUUUCAAAGCUUAGCACCAUGGUUGUUUUGUUAUUCCUGGAAAAAAAUAAGUCUAGAAAGAAAAAAAAUAUUGACAACGCGAGAAGUGAAAAAUGUAAGAUAAAACACACAAAGGUUUGGGUGAAUGUAUGGCUCAAGAACUGACUUCACCACUGCACGGAUGGGCGAUAAUGUUCCCAUCACUGGAGGAUGGAGCGAUCAUGAUUACAUGUGUACUAUAGACAGAUGUACCCCCCCCCC